GUUGCAGACUUCAAUGUCUCUGGAGUCGCUGAUGUCCACCAGACUGCUGCGAGCUGUAUCGCUCAGCGAUGCAGCAUACGAUGGCGUCAUCUUGGUGACGAAUUGCGCAAAACUUGUGGCCGAAACUCCAAUGCUGAAGGGAGUCUCAGAAGCGGUCCUGGAUUUUAUCGAGGUCCAUCGAGGUGCGCUUUCGUCGUCCAACAUAGUCCCAGUUGACAAGAGGGUAAUCCCAUCCGGUCGCCUCAUACUUGCUGGUACAGGACCCGUGACAAGGGAUUUCGAUGAUGUCCGCCGUUUCCAGACAGCAGCAAAAAAUGGAGUAAAAUUAGCGCUUUCCGCUGGACUCAAAUCCCCGUUGCUAGUCACUGUGCCACACCCUCGAUAUCCUCAAGCAGAACUGGUUUCUGCCCUUGGUGCCUUGAUACCUCUCUAUACACCACUGAAUGUCCGGGAAGAAGAACCGAAGAAGAAGUUCGACCAGUUUGGUUUGCUUCCUCUGAGUUCCGACCGCUUGGUGAACCUCGUAGAAGCCUUUGAAGCAGCAUUCACCGUAAGUCGCGACAUUGCGGAGACUGGACCCGAGCGAAUGUCACCACCUAAUGUGGCAGACUACGUUAGGACAGCUUUCAUAGGAGGAAAUGUGAACGUCGAAAUCACAGAUGACCAAAGAAUCAUUGAGAAGGAGUAUCCGCUUAUGGCUGCUGUGAAUCGCUGUGCCAACACAGUGAAAAAUCACGAAGCUCGUCUCAUUCGUCUGGAAUACGUCGGAAAGGGCACCAUCGAAAACACUUAUAUGAUGGUUGGCAAGGGUGUAACGAUUGAUACUGGUGGCGCCGAUUUGAAAACGGGUGGACAUAUGUGGGGAAUGUGUCGUGACAAAUAUGGCAGCGCUAUAGUCGCUGGUUUCUUCAAAAUCUUGGAUAUUCUGAGACCAAGGAACCUCAAAGCCGUUGGUUACAUGUGUAUGGUUCGCAACAGCAUAGGUGCAAAUUCUUACACUUGCGAUGAAGUGAUCAAAGCUCGAAGUGGUAAACGAAUCCAUAUCUACAACACUGACGCUGAAGGACGUAUCACUAUGCUUGAUCCUUUGACGAGAGCAAAAGAAGAGGCAUUGACGGAAACGAACCCACACUUGAUGACUAUCGCCACCUUGACAGGACAUGAAAUAUUGACUUAUGGUUACUAUGCUACUAUUAUGGACAACGGACCAGCCAAAAGGAGCGGAUGGGCACGCAAAAUCCAAGAAACAGGUGACCUCUAUGGGCAACCAAUCGAAAUAAGUCGGCUGCAACCGGAGGACUUCGAGUUCCACAAAGCCGAAUGUGAACAAGCGGAUGUUCGACAGGGUAACACAAAGCCGUCCGUUGCAACAAUGAGAGGACAUCAAACGCCUGCUGCAUUUUUGAUAAUGGCUUCUCGACUGGAUGAGCAUGGCUGCGACAGUAAACAUCCAUUGAAAUUCACGCACAUCGACAUGGGCUCCGCUCCCGGCGAUCAUCCGGACACGAGCUUCCCAAAUCCGCUAGUGACAUUGGUGGCAGAGUUCGUCAUUCCAAAAAUCUAA